AUGGUGAGAAAGCAACUGGCAGAGAAGUGGGAGAGGAUGAUCAAGCUCGAGAGGAAGCACUUUGCGGGUGCAGUCAGGCUUGACUCAUUGCCGCAACAGUAUGCCUACUUCGAUUGCAGCAUUGGGGACGAUGAUUCCUUGGAAAUAGUCUCCAUGAGCCAAGCUCCCCAAACACAGUCAACCAACAACUACGAUGACAAAGAGAGGCACCAUGUUAUUACUUACUAG